AUGUGUCCUCCGAGAGUUCCACAUGGGACCCUUGAUACAAAAGGGAAAAUGAGAGCCAGGCCCUCCUCUGGGCCGUGGAGAGUCUCUGAUCCAACUCUGUUCCAAAUGACCUUGGUCGCUGCUCUGUUGGCAACUGUUCUUGGCAAUUGUGGUCCUCCACCUUAUUUACCGUUUGCUUCUCCGAUAAAGAAGUUGUAUGACACAGACUUCAAAACUGGAACUACACUGAGAUACACCUGCCAUCUUGGCUAUAGUAAAAUCAGUUCAAGUUCAGUUACUUGUAAUGAUAGAGGCUCAUGGGACUAUAGUGCUUUUUGUGCUAAGAAACAAUGCAGAAACCUAGAAGACUUACCCAAUGGGAAAGUGGAAGUUAAGACAGAUUUUCUUUUUGGUUCAACUGUAGAAUUCAGCUGCUCAGAGGGGUAUAUCUUAGUUGGCUCAACCACUAGUCAUUGUGACAUCCAAGGUAGAGGAGUUGACUGGAGUGAUCCUCUCCCACAAUGUAUAAUUGCCAAGUGUGAGCCUCCUCCAGCCAUCAGCAAUGGGAAGCACAACGGUGAAGAUGAAGACCUCUACACAUAUGGCUCUUCUGUCACUUACAGCUGUGACCCUGGCUUCUCAAUGUUGGGCAAAGCCUCCAUUUCUUGCACAGUGGAAAAUAAAGCAAUAGGUGUCUGGAAUCCAAGCCCUCCUACUUGUAAAAAUAUUGUCUGUCAUCGACCACAAGUUCCAAAUGGAAUCAUUGUCUCUGGAUUUGGACCCACCUAUAACUACAAAAACUCUCUUGUGUUUAGCUGCAAGAAAGGUUAUGUCCUCAAAGGCAGUCAUUUAAUCCGUUGUGAAGCUAAUAACAAGUGGCAUCCUUCUCCUCCCAUUUGUGAACUCAAUAGUUGUAUUGGGUUACCAGACAUCCCCCAUGCUGUCUGGAAUAGAAGAGGCUAUGAGCUAAGUAACCAAGAAGUAUUUGCAGUUGGGACUGCAUUGAAAUAUCAAUGCAAGCAUGGCUAUAGACCUAUUCCAGAUGAGCCUCUGACUGUGACUUGUCAGGAAAAUUUCACGUGGACACCAUCUGAAGGGUGUGAACAGGUAUGUUGCCCAAUACCAGAGCCGAAGAAUGGCAGAAUCACCACAGAGAAAAAGUGUUUUGCCACUAGCUGUGUCCAUUUCUAUGGAGAUGUGGUUUCAUAUACAAGUUAUGAACAAUAUAAGUUUGAAGCUAAAUGCCAAGCAGAUGGCAUGUGGUGUCCUGAAGCACCAACAUGUGAUCUGAAUUGCGAUUCUCCUCCUGUCAUUGCCCAUGGACAUCAUAAACUAAUCAGUUCAUUCCUUGGAUUAAAAAGUGGUGAUGCUAUAUACAAAUGUGAUGAAGGGUACACCCUGGUUGGAAAGAACAAACUCUCCUGCACUUCUUCAGGCUGGUCACCUGCAGCCCCUCAAUGUAAAGCUUUGUGUCUGAAACCAGAGAUAGAACAUGGAAGGUUAUCUGUGGAUAAGGAUGGAUAUGUUGAACCUGAAAAUGUCACUGUCCAGUGUGACUCUGGCUAUGCUUUGGUUGGUUCCCAAAGUAUCACUUGUUUAGAAGACAGAACGUGGUACCCGGAGGUGCCCAAGUGUGAGUGGGAGUACCCUGAAGGCUGUGAGCAAGUGGUCAAAGGCAAGAAACUCAUGCAGUGUCUCCCAACCCCAGAGGAGAUGAGAUUGGCCCUGGAGGUGUAUAAGCUGUACCUGGAGAUUCAACAACUGGAGCUUCAGAACCAUAAGGCAAAGCAAGCCACUCAGGAGUGUUCACUGUAAUGUUUCCCACGAAGGGGAGGAAAAUGUGCCUUGCUGCCUUAAAUCCAAUAUGGAUCACUUCAGUUAAUCACCUUUACCAUCUCUUUUACACCAUCAAUUGUGGUAAUAAUUAUCUAGAAAGGAUAAUUGGUUAAUAUUUAGUGCUU